GGAUCGCGAGCACAGCCUCUGCGGACGGCGGAGCGGGAUGAGAGCGCUGUGAGCUGGCCUUGCGGGAGCGGAAAGCAGGAGCAGCGAGCUCGGCCGGAACGACGGCGGCGGCUGUUGGCCAGGCUGUUCAGUAUUAAACCGGGACUAAGACAAGAGUAUUAAAUAAAUACCCGGAACCACAGUAUUAAGUAAAUCAAAGUAUCCUGCUGCACUACGGUAGUAAGACACCACUUUGCCUUGUUGGAAGAAACUGGGGACGUAGGAUCUUAGCCAAAUAUUCAAAAUGGUAAUGCAAAGGUAUCUCCUAACCUAUAUGGGAGUGGUGCUUGCUUUAUACCUUCAUCACCUCAUCAGAGCCAUUGAAGUCCCUCGGGAUCCAAGUAUUCAAGAUACAUUGCCUCAACCCCCCACUAUCACAAAACAGUCUGUGAAGGAUUAUAUUGUAGAUCCAAGGGAUAAUAUAUUCAUUGAAUGUGAAGCAAAAGGCAACCCCAAUCCCAUAUUUUCAUGGACACGAAAUGGGAAAUUUUUCAACAUCGCCAAGGACCCAAGAGUAAGCAUGAAGCAUUGGUCGGGUACACUGGCUGUUGACUUCCGCAGUGGUGGUCGGCCGGAGGAUUAUGAGGGGGAAUAUCAGUGUUUUGCUCGGAACGACUUGGGAACAGCCAUCUCCAACAAAAUAUUCCUACAGGUUUCAAAGUCUCCUUUGUGGCCCAAGGAAAACUUGGACAUUCAAGAGGUUCAUGAAGGUGCUCAUCUUAUCUUGGCAUGCAAUCCACCUCCUGGACUGCCACCUCCUGCUAUAUUCUGGAUGAGCAGCUCCAUGGAGCCAAUCCACCAAGACCAGCGUGUCUCCCAAGGGCAGAAUGGUGACUUAUAUUUCUCCAAUGUCAUGCAGGAGGAUGCCCUGACUGACUACAGCUGCAAUGCUCGCUUUGCAUUUACUCACACCAUCCAGCAGAAAAACCCUUACAACCUCAAGGUCCUGACCACUCGAGGUAUCACAGAAAGGCAUCCCAGCUUCAUGUACCCCAUUGGGACCACGAGCAGUCAGAUGGUGCUGAGAGGGGAAGAUCUCUUGCUGGAAUGCAUUGCUUCAGGAGUCCCAACUCCAGAUAUCGCAUGGCACAAGAAAGGAGGUGAACUUCCAGCAGGCAGGUACAAACUGGAGAACUUUAAGAAGGCUCUUCAUAUUGCCAAUGUCUCCGAGGAAGAUUCCGGGGAAUAUUUCUGCUUGGCUUCGAACAAAGUGGGCAUUAGCCGCCACACUAUCUCCGUCAGAGUGAAGGCUGCUCCUUACUGGUUGGACGAACCAGAGAACCUUAUUUUGGCUCCUGGUGAGGAUGGGAGACUGGUUUGUCGAGCCAAUGGUAACCCCAAACCUUCAAUCCAGUGGCUAGUUAAUGGAGAACUUAUAGAAAGUUCUGCUCCCAACCCAAGCCGUGAAGUAAAUGGAGAUACGAUUAUGUUUCGGGACAUUCAGAGUGGCAGCAGCUCUGUAUACCAAUGCAAUGCUUCUAAUGAACAUGGGUACCUGUUGGCCAAUGCCUUUGUCAGUGUGCUGGAUGUUAUUCCUCGAAUCCUCACCCCUCGUAACCAGCUGAUCAAAGUGAUUCAGAACAACCGGACUCUCCUUGACUGUCCAUUCUUUGGGUCCCCGAUCCCCACCUUACGAUGGUUUAAGAAUGGCCAGGGAAGCACAUUGCAUGGUGGCAACUACAAAACGCAUGAGAAUGGAACUUUGGAAAUCAUCAGGGCCCGCAAAGAAGACCAAGGAACAUAUACCUGUGUGGCCACCAAUCUUCUGGGCAAAGCACAGAAUCAGGUUCGUUUGGAAAUAAAAGAUCCAACCAGGAUCAUUGAUGGACCCAAAGAUGCUGUACCAAAGAAGGGUUCCACAGUUCAAUUAAUAUGCCGGAUAAGACAUGAUCCCACACUGAAACUUACCGUCACCUGGCUCAAGGAUGAUACACCCCUGUACUUAGGAAGCAGGAUGAAGAAAGAAGAAGAUGGCCUGACAAUAUAUGGAGUGGCUGAAAAAGAUCAAGGGUAUUACACCUGUGUUGCCAGUACUGAACUUGACAAAGAUAUUGCUAGAGCCCAUCUCACUGUUCUAGCUCCUUCUUCUGUUAACCGUAUGACCCUACCCAAAGCGCGUCCUGAACGUCCCAGAGACCUUGAACUAACAGAUCUUUCUGAAAGGAGUGUGCGGCUGACAUGGAUUCCUGGUGAUGACAACAACAGCCCCAUCACAGAUUACAUUGUGGAAUUUGAGGAGGAUAAAUUUGAGCCUGGAGUGUGGCACAACCAUUCCCGCUACUCAGGAAGUGUGAAUUCUGCCGUCUUGCGCCUCGCGCCCUACGUCAACUACCAGUUCCGAGUAAUAGCAGUAAAUGAAGUAGGAAGCAGUUAUCCCAGCUUGCCUUCUGAACGAUACCAUACGAAUGGUGCACGUCCAGAAAUUAAUCCCACGGGCGUUAAAGGAUCAGGAACAGCAAAAAAUAAUAUGGUUAUAUCAUGGAUGCCAUUGAAUGCAACCCAGGUGUAUGGCCCUAACCUCAGAUACAUUGUCAAAUGGAGGAGAAAGGACACACGAGAGAACUGGAGCAACAGAACAGUCAAGGGCGAUGUCAGCCAGUACACCGUCACGCAGACACCUAUCUAUACACCCUACGAGAUCAAAGUGCAAGCUGUAAAUGACUAUGGAAUGGCUGCAGAGCCUGAAACCAUCAUUGGCUACUCAGGGGAAGAUUAUCCUAAGGCUGCUCCCACUGAUCUUAGACUCAAAGUUGUAAACAGCACAGCAGUCAGCCUGCAGUGGAAUAGAGUGUACCCAGAAACCAUCCAGGGACAGCUUAAGGAGUACCGAGCUUAUUACUGGAGAGAAAGUAGUUUGAUGAAGAAUCUUUGGGUCUCCAAGAAAAAGCAGUCUGUGGGUUUUACUGGAGACCGGACACGGGGCAUAGUGUCCCGGCUGUUUCCUUACAGCAACUACAAAUUGGAGAUGGUUGUAGUCAAUGGGAGAGGAGAUGGGCCUCGGAGCGAAACUCUGGAGUUCACAACACCAGAAGGAGUACCCAGUGCCCCAAGGUACUUCAGAAUACGCCAGCCAAACCUGGAAACCAUCACUUUGGAAUGGGAGCACCCUGAACAUCCCAAUGGCAUUCUUAUUGGAUACACUCUUAGAUACCAAGCCUUUAACGGAUCCAAGAGUGGCAGAACAAUGGUAGAGAACUUCUCUCCUAAUCAGACAAAGUUUUUACUCCAGAGGACGGACCCCAUAUCACGCUACAGGUUCAACCUGCGUGGCAGGACACAGAUUGGGGAAGGUGAGCCUUCCACGGGGGAGUCACCAAUUCCACUGAAUGAAGUACUCCCGACCUCAGAUCUAAUCUCUCCAUCAACAGUCGACCUAACUACAGUGGUCACGACUGUGGCCCCCACCACAGAAGUUACCACUACAACCACCACCACCACCACCACCACGGAAGCCACCACGACAACCACCACAGAAGCCACCACCACCACCACAGAAGCCACCACCACCACCACCACCGUGGAAGCCACCACCACCAGAGAAGCAACAACCAGCACCACAAUUGUUGCUAGUACAAUAGCUGGUGUUGGAAAACAGCCCAUCUGGGAUGUAAAAGCUUCUCCUAACAGUAACUUGGCAAACAUCACCUGGAACCACACGUUUGAUCCAGAAACGGAGUUUGUGGUUGAGUAUAUCAACAGUAAACACUGGGAGCACGAGAAUGCUGCAGGAUCCUUAAUGCCACCAGAGAUCCUGUCAUCUCUCAGAGGUAACAAAACAGUGAAAUCUUUCCUUGGUAAAGCAUUUGUGGAGCUGGUUGACCUGACUCCCGGGGAGAAGUACCUAGUGCGGGUUUUUCUCAAAGGGAAUGAUACUAUCAGCUCGAACGUAACCUUUCAGACAAGCCCAGCAUACACCAGGAACCAAGGGGACAUUGCAACUCAGGGCUGGUUUAUUGGACUGAUGUGUGCCAUUGCUCUUCUGGUCCUGAUUUUGCUGAUUGUUUGCUUCAUUAAGAGAAGCAGAGGAGGGAAAUACCCAGUGAGAGAAAAUAAAGAUGUGCCUCUGGACCCUGAUGACCAGAAGGUAGAUAAUGGGUCGUUUGAUUACAGUGAUGAAGACAACAAGCCACUGCAAGGCAGUCAGACCUCAUUAGAUGGCACGAUAAAGCAGCAAGAAAGUGAUGACAGCUUGGUGGACUAUGGUGAAGGAGGUGAAGGGCAGUUCAAUGAGGAUGGCUCCUUUAUUGGCCAGUACACAGUCAAGAAGGACAAAGAUGAGACAGAAGGCAAUGAGAGCUCAGAAGCCACAUCACCAGUUAAUGCUAUCUACUCCCUGGCAUAAUGCAAUACACCGAAACAGCAGCAGCAAAAAGAAACAUCGUCGGUGUGGGUCAGCCAAGUCAACAUCAACAACAGAUUGCAACCAGAGUAGGACCACAGUGACCAAAACAUAAACGCAGCCAGGUGGUCACCAGUGCCAUCAUCUCUUUAGCAAACAAAGCAAAUGGCAUAGAUGCAGAGGCUGCUGAAGUGAUCGCACUGCAGCUGAAAUCUGAGCUAACCCACAAGAGACCAGUAGAAGAACAGGAUGCACAGAAUCUACGCCCCAGGCUUCAGAACUUGGACUGAAAUAAAUACCCCUCUAUACCCUC